AUGAUUUUGUGGCGGAGCUCAGUGUGGCAAGCCCUCAAAGGCCGGAGCAAGCAGCCCAGCAAGCACCGUGAACCUUUAAGUUCAAUAAAUGUCAAGCCUGUCCAAAACCAGGUAAAGUCAGGCAAAAUCACCGAACAAAGGCAACGGGACUACCUCCCAAAUACUCCAAAAGUCGCAAUCCGGAUUCAGAGGAGGAAGUCAUCAAACCUCAGUGGCAAUCAAAGAAACAUCAUGCGCAGGCCAGCUAUCAUUGAGUCGGAUCCAGCUAGUGACGAGGAAAACGACACCAUAGAGGACUCAGACAAGUCGGAAAGUGAAGAAUCUGAGAUUGAGCCCGCGGAGAGCAUCGCCAAGAGUUUGUUUGGAGAAGUUCCUACUACAAUCACUGGCUCCCGUCAGAAGACACCUCACCAUAGACGACUGGCAACAGUACCACCCACUCCAAAGACCACGAGUUCAUCACGGUCGUCGAAAACUCCACCUCAACCGAUUUGGGGCUCACAGUUCAAGCCUUUCAAUUCCCAUGUGGGACUCGAUAAUGACAAGUCCUUUUCUGAGGAGUCAAUCCUAGUUGAUGACGAGUCUGAUGAUCAUGGUCACACUCUCAAUAUCAAGCCUGAGCCUGACAGUGCCAACGAAUCCGAUCCUGAGCCCCACUCUACUGAAUCCUCACUUCAAGCGGACCCUAUAGCACACAUUGUUUACUUGAAAACCUGGAACCUUGAACUCCGUAAUGUGAUCCAACGCGGCAUUCUCGAGGUUAAGGGACAUAUAGCUUUUGAGCAUAGUUGCCCUGAUCUCGUGUCGAAGAACAUCUAUGCACGGGAAAUACUGCUGAAGGCUGCACAGUACCACAGUGCAGUGCCAAUCGAGAAACAGAUGAGGAUCGACAAUGAGUAUUUGUCAGCCCUCACAAAUCUAAUUGACGCUCGCGCCAGUCUGUUUCACAGUGAUAUUAAGGACGUCGCGAGCAAGAGCAUAUCAGGUUACUUCCGUCUCGGUGGUUCGGACAACGACACAAUUCUUGACCGACUUCUCGCCAAUCAUUCAUAUAUUUUUCCACAAACAUUCGACGCUGGGGGCCUCCCUUCACUGAACCGACAGAAGCCCUAUCAAACCCAGCCCGUGUUCGUUGUGAUGUACGAAGUAUUCUUCAAACACUUGAAGUCCGUUGGUGUACAGUUUGGACAGCGCUUCCGUGACAUUGCGAAUAAUAAGGGUGGUUGCCCGGAGAUUCCAAUCCCCAUGUUAGCCAUAGUCUGCACUGCCAUUCGCGCUAUCCUACUUGCGAAGAAAAACGGGUCGAGUGACGACUUCAAGUUCACAGGUAAUCAAUUUUUAGAUAUUUACAACCACCAUGUGUUGUUGUUGGGGAGCAUCCAGAAAAAGGCACCUGUCAAGUUUCAUAAAAUGAUGUCCGACAUAUAUGACGACGUCCAUUGCUUCCGUCAUAGCAACACUGGAGGCUAUGACCAGGAUGAUAGCCUCUCGUUCUUGGACUUGGACGGCAUGGAAGAUGAGUAG